AUGUCCUCCCGGGAACGCCGGACGGAAUUCUUCAUUAAAACCGAGCCGGCUUCCCCCGAUAGCCUCGUGCAACACAGCCCCAGUGGGUCCUCCGACACCAGCACCAGCGGGGCCCCCGCCGAACUCGAGACCGCCAGCACCUUGCCCGUCGGGACGGGGGCCUCCCGCCGACGCCACGAUGAGGACCCCGACGAAGCUCCCGGCCGGGGAAAGUAUAUGCUGAACACCAUGCCCAAGCGGCUGUGUCUGGUGUGUGGGGACAUCGCCUCGGGGUACCACUAUGGGGUGGCCUCGUGCGAAGCCUGCAAAGCGUUCUUCAAGCGGACGAUCCAAGGAAGCAUUGAGUACAGCUGCCCGGCCACCAACGAGUGUGAAAUCACCAAACGUCGCCGGAAAGCCUGCCAGGCGUGUCGUUUCACCAAGUGCCUCCGCGUGGGCAUGCUGAAGGAAGGGGUACGCCUCGAUCGGGUACGUGGGGGUCGACAGAAAUAUAAGCGCCGGCCAGAGGUGGAGGGUGCCCCCUACCCCAGCACUUUUGUGACCCCACAGAUCGCCACAGCUACCGCCAAGAAGUCAGCCCCGAUGAACACGAUGGUGUCGCAUUUGUUGGUAGCCGAACCGGAAAAACUCUACGCCAUGCCGGACCCGGCGCUUUCCGAGGGUCCCGUGAAAGCUGCAAGCACUUUGUGUGAUCUGGCCGACCGGGAGAUUGUGGUCAUCAUUGGCUGGGCCAAAAAUAUACCAGGAUUCCCAGCCUUGUCCUUGGCCGAUCAGAUGUCUGUUCUGCAGAGCGUCUGGCUGGAGGUUUUGCUCCUCGGCGUCGCCUGGCGCUCCCUGCCUUGCGAGGACGAGAUUGUGUUUGCGGAAGAUUUCGCGCUAGACGAAGAGGCGGCCCGGACGGCGGGACUGCUGGAGCUGAGCAGCGUGGUCCUCCAGCUGGUGCGCAAAUACCGGGCGCUGCGCCUGGAGCGGGAGGAAUAUGUGCUGCUGAAGGCGUUGGCCCUUGCCAACUCAGACUCCGUUCACAUCGAGGACAUGGCGGCCGUCCAACGCCUCCGGGACGUCCUUCACGAGGCGUUGCUGGAGUACGAAGCCUCGCGGCGCCCGGAGGAACCACGCCGGGCCGGCCGCCUUUUGCUAACCCUCCCGCUGCUGCGCCAAACCGCCACCCGGGUGCUUCACCACUUCUACAGCUUGAAACUGGAGGGCAAAAUCCCCAUGCAUAAGCUGUUCCUGGAGAUGUUGGAAGCCAUGAUGGACUGA